CCUCUCAAAAACGACCGGUUUGUGAUUAACAAAUCACGAUAUGAUUCAAUCGAUUGCUAUAUAUCCACCGACAAUACUUUGAAACCCGAAUAUAACGACCUGGACUUGGUUUAUGACAAGAAAAUUUUUGAAAAAUUAGUGAACAAUGGGGUUGACGAGCUGAUGGCACGUCACAUAUCGCAUUUGUUUAUUCGUGAUCCUCUAAUUAUUUUCAAAGAAACCUUGAAUCAAGGUGAUAAUGUCUCGGAUCAUUUUGAGAACAUCCAAUCCACCAAUUGGCAAACAAUGCGUUUCAAACCUCCACCACCAGAUUCCAACAUCGGAUGGCGAGUGGAAUUUCGUAGUAUGGAAGUUCAAAUUUCCGAUUUUGAAAAUGCUGCAUUUGCAGUCUUUAUUGUGUUGUUGACGCGCGUGAUAUUAAGUUAUGGAUUAAAUUUUUAUAUCCCAAUAUCAAAAGUUGAUGAAAAUAUGGGCAUUGCCCAUAAACGGGAUGCAGUUUUGCUUGAAAAGUUUUGGUUUAGAAAAAAUGUGUUUCAGAAUGACCCGAAAAAUGGCAC